AUGUCUAUAAACGAGAACUUCAUAUCGACUGAAGAGUUUCUAGAGUUAUUAGAAAACAUCGCAGUGCAACCAUCCAUCAGUGAAGUUGGAUGGUGGUUCAUGAAGAAAAAUUGGAGCAAAGUAUUUCAGAGGGUGUCUGGAAGUCAGAAAUUGCUGCAGACGUGUUUUGGAGCACUGUCCUCAACUUUUACAUCAAAAAGCCUCCAUGACGAAUUGAAAUCCUUCCUCAACGAACAUAUGUUUGGCAACCCUCAGUGGAGGAGCGAGCUUCUGCGUGAUGUGACGAAACGAAUUAAGUGGAGAGAUGAAUUUGAAGAUGAGAUGGUUCAGUGA